AUUUGGCAAACAGUACGAUUUAACUUGGCACUUGGAAGUCCAUUCAUUUGUUUUUUAUGUGUUAAGUUAGCUAGCAAGCUAGCUGUUUAGUUUGUCUUGUUAUGCAGCUACACUGAGUAAACAAACGUAUUUUACAAAUAAUCCGUUGUCUUGUUUUGUUUACGAGCUGGUGAAGUAUCUAACAAACGUGGGUAAGGUUGGUUAUUUACAUAGCUAUUAGUGUGUUGUGCUAGGGCUAGCUCCCUGUACAUACCAAAGCAACGUGCCUUGUGGCUAUCUUAGAUGCCGAUAACGCAAAAACCAGUUUAAUGCCUUGGCAACCCCUUAGAGGGUUCCAUGGUUUGAUAACUGGGACAUGGCUGUUAUUAGUUAGCUGGUUGCUCUGUGCACCCACUCUCCGCUUACCCCGGGCUACUCAUCCUGUGAGGAACUCAUGUGGAACGCGACCACAACCGGGCAGGAAACUGCUCAUCUGGAAUUGCUCAUAAUUUUAGAUGGGAAAAGAGAUGGAUGACAAGCUUACUGCCACGUUUGUUUUAUCAGCCCAGUAACCAUGGUGGUCAAGAAGAAGACCGCUAAAGUGGAGACUGUUGCUCUGGACAGAGCAACGCUGGAGAAACUGACAGCCUCCCUCUCUGUCGAUGGGGAUCCUGGGGCCCAGAAACUUGCCCAAAACCUGCUAGACUGUCUCCGUUUGACCGACCCAGUCCUACAGAUCCAACAGGUCAAGAAGGUGGCGAACCUAUUGGAGGAGCUGAGUGAAGGCCCCUCCCCGGCAGACGGGCUCCUCCUUUCUUGUCUGGACACCCUCGCUGUCAUGUACACCUCCCUGCAGUCCAAAAACCCCCUGAAGAGGGCCGUGGCCAGCACCCUGAGCUCGGUGCCUGCCUGGCUGCACGGACAAGCGGCCAGCCGUCUGUCAGCCUGUCUGUCUGACUGUCUGUCCUCGGCGGGGCCCGAGCGUUAUCCCCACCUCACGGACACACUCGCCUCCUGCUUGGACGGGUUCCCCUUGGGUGAGCGUUGCAUUCACACUUUACUAACAGAAGUGCUGCAGUUCUUUCAUAAAGCCCUGUGUGAAUACCUCCAGCAAAACAGCGGGCUGGCCGGCCGUCACGUGGCCCAGGCUCAGGUCAUGCAGGCCUGUCUGUCUGCAGUCAAGGCCUCUAUGCUGGUGGUGCAGCGGUCCCAGGAGCCCGUGAGCGCCGCCCUGCUGGCCGAGUCCCCGCCCUCACCCUGCCCCCUCCGGGACACGCUGAACGCCCUGCUCGCCUGCUACACCCGAAUCCUCACCGAUGAGGAGUUCGUGCAGACUGUCCAGAGCACAGCUGGAAUGGCGGUGGUCCUCCUGACCAGGUGCAUGCUGGGAAGUGGGGACAAAGUGGCUGAAGUGGUUGCAAGCCUGUUACUCGGUCCAGAGCAGGGAGCUGACAGCGCCCCCGUGUGGCUGCAGGAGAGCUGUGCAGGGCUGUACCGUGGCGACCGGCCCCCGGCUGUGUCUCUCUUCCUGUGCCACGGGGCCCUGGCCAUGCUGAGCUGGCGUGGGGGGCCCCUGGGGCCCGAGGGGGAGAGGCUGCUGCUGCUGAUCCCCUCAGCGCUGCUCGCACUGGACACCAGUGUGAAGGAGUCCAGCACAGCGAUGGUCGUCUCUCGUGUGCUGGCGCUGUGGAGCAGCGUGGCCCUGGACGGCCUCCAGGGGGCGCCCUCCUCCUCUGGCCUGUGGGAGGCCCUGCUGGGCAGGGCCGAGCUCCCGGGACGCCUGCAGGAGCACAUCCAGGCCCACUGGGAGCACCCCCUGGACGGGGUCCGGCACCAAACCCGCGCCCUCUUCCGGAACCUCCUCCGCCUGCACCAGGCGUGCGCGGGCGUGCCCGACCCCGCCUCCGACCCCUUCGUCACGGAGCUGACGCACAGCCUCCUGGGCCUGGAGUGGCACGUCAGGGGGAAGUACGCCUCGCUGGCCUGCCUGGUGGAGCACCUGGGGACCGGCCGCCUGCUCGCCCUCCACCCCGCCCUGCCCUCCUGCCUGCUCUCCCUGAUGGACGACCAGUCCCUGGCCCCCCACGCCGGUGACCUGCUGGAGAGGCUGUUCGUCAGCCACAAGGCCCAGCUGAGUGGGCGGGAUCAGACGGGGGCGGAGCCGGAGUCAGGGGCUGAGGCAGUGGCCGGGGCGGAGCCAGGGGCAGGGGCCGGCUGGAUGGAGGAGUGGAACCGCACCUGGGUCACGCCCCUGCUGGAUGUCCUGUGCCAGGCCCGGCUGGACCAGACCACCUACAUCCUGGAUUACCUGCUGCCCAAACUUCUGCGCUGCUGCCCGGCCAGUCUGGCCCACAUGGUCCAGGUCCUGCAGAACGCCCAGUUUGGGACCUCAGGUUCGCCCGGCAGUAGGGGUGCACUGGGGGCUCUGAUGACGUGUCUGCGUGCGGCUCGGGCCCACGGGGUGGAUCACCUCGCUGAGGGGGGGUUUUUGGGUGGGCUGGUGUCCCACUCUCUGCUCCAGCAGGCCCUGUUGCACAAACAUGACCAGGUACGGAUGGACGCUCUGGGGCUGGUGUGCGAGAGUCACCGUAGCACAGAGACCGUCUCCAGAGAGGAGAUUGAUCUGAUUCGUCACUUCCUGCCUUCCAACCUGAACAGCCAAUCACCAGGGGUCAGGCAGCAGACAGUCAGCUUGCUCAAGAAGCUCCUGGGCAGGGUGAAAGACAGUGCCCAGCUGCUGCAGAAGAGGCUGGGGCAGGAGAGGGGUGAGACAGCAGUGAAGGAAGGGGACCGGAGCACACUGGAGAUGUAUCAGGACUUCCUGCACUGGUUUUGUGAGACCCUCUUUGAGGUGCUGGCCCCCGGGGCCUCCUUCCCUACCUGCCUGACCGCUCUGCACCUGCUGGGCCUGGUGGCCGACCUCUUCACCUUCUCCACAGGACCUGCCAGCUUCGCACUGGGGGACACAGUGAGCCACGCCCACGCUCAGGCUGUCUUGUACUGCCUCGCCAGCAACUUCCUGGAGGUCAAGCAGCUGGCCUCCACGUUGCUACGGAAACUGCCUCCUCAGACCGUUGGGCUACGGGAGCCGAGCAGGAUGAGGUCGCUGCUCCGGGUGGCACUGGACCUCAGCACCAGCACCAAACCCUUCGACAGCGUCACUGCCGCCCACCUGCUCGGCCUGCUGGCUCACCAGGAGGAGCUGAUGGACGCUCUGGCCCACUGUGCCCAGGAGCAGGGCAUCCCCUUCCAGCCUCCUGUGCCAGGAGAGCUCCAUGCUUCCUCGGCCUCCACCCUGGAGAAGAACACACUUGGAGUGGUGCAGGUGCUGCUGCUGUGUCUGAGGGCGGAGGUGGAGCGGGCCGAGGCCUCCCUGCUGCAGGCUGCAGCCUCGUACCCGCUGUACGGCAGAGCCCACUGCAUUACUGCUGCGCUGAAGCAGCUGCCCGCAGGCUCCCUGUCUCUGAAGGAUCAGUGGAGAACUGUGGUGGCCGACCUCAUCACCACGUUCUACAGGAUGUCUGACGUCGUGUCGCCUGUCGUCCAGAGCUCCUCCCCCGAAGGACUCAUCCCCAUGGAUACUGAUUCCGAGACAUCAGCUGGCCUGCAGAAAAUCCUACAGGAAAUCCAGCCCCGUGACACCAACGACUUCUUCACUGAUGCCCGUGAAACUCAGGCUGGGGGACAGCCUGGACACAUACCUCAGUCUGAAAACACAGGGGGCAGUGGGGAGGGGUACCGGGUCACGGCGCAGAUGGUGCUGGUGUGCUGCUGGCGGAGCAUGAAGGAGGUGUCCAUGCUGCUGGGGCAGGUGUGUCAGGAUAUGCCCCUACAGACCAGAGAGGCAUGCAGGGACGGCAUCAUCACUGAGGGGCAGGUGGAAGGGGUGGGCCGGUACUUCCGGCAGCAGCUGCUGCAGUCCCGCCACAGGGGCGCGUUUGAGCUGGCCUACGUGGGAUUCGUGCGGCUCACGGACAUGCUGUGCAGGAGCGGGAGCCAGAGCCUGCAGCAGCUGCCUUCCCAUUGGCUGAAGGAGGUUCUGGAGGAGGUGAAGUCCAGCGACCCCUCGUCUAAGCUGUGUGCCACUCGCCGCAGUGCAGGCAUCCCGUUUUACAUACAGGCCCUGCUGUCCUCAGAGCCCAAGUCGUCCAGCUGCAGCCUGCUGAAGAUGACCAUGAAGGAGCUGACCAGCCUGGCCAUGCCCGACCCUCAGCAUCUGACCAACCGCAGCACCGUCCCCCAGGUGCAUGCUCUUAACAUCCUCCGAGCUCUCUAUCGGGACACGCGCUUAGGGGAGAACAUCGUCCCUUUCGUGUCAGAUGGGGUGCAGGCUGCAGUGCUGGGGUUCACCUCCCCCAUUUGGGCUGUGCGGAACUCCUCCACCCUCCUCUUCAGUACGCUGAUCACCAGGAUCUUUGGAGUGAAGAAGGGCAAAGAUGAGCAUUCCAAAAAGAACAGGAUGACGGGACGGGAGUUUUUUACCCGCUUCCCUGCCCUCUACCCCUUCCUGCUGGGACAGCUGGAGGAGGCCGCCGGGUCUGUGGACAGCGACUCCGGAGAGGUGAAACUGCACCCGAGCCUCUUCCUCUUGCUGCUGAUUUUGGGGCGUCUGUACCCCUCGCCCAUGGACGGCUCCUCCUCGCCCCUGGGCCUGGCCCCCUUCAUGCCUUUCAUAAUAAGGUGCGGCCGCUCGGCGGUCUACCGCACGCGUGAGAUGGCGGCCAGGGCGCUCGUGCCCUUCGUCCUGGUGACGCAGGUCCCCUCCACCAUCCGGGCCCUGCUGGAGGACCUGCCCCUGGAGCUGGGGCCCGGCACCCAGCAGAACCACAUCCACGGCACCCUGCUGCAGGUGCUGCACUUGCUGAGGUCCUACGAGUCGGACACCCACAGGCCUCGCCCGGGGGGAAUCGGGCAGGACUCUGACAUCACCGCCGCCCUCCGAGCUCGACUGUGGCUGGCCGGCAGGCGGAACCCGUGUCUGGUGACGCGAGCGGCGUUCUUGGACCUCCUGAUGAGCCUGUGCGGUUCAGCCUUGGCCUCGGCUGUGGAUCCCGAGCUGACGGCGCUCUGUGAGGAGACGCUGGAGGUCCUGACCGACUCUGAGCUCCUGGCCCCCGACGGCCCGGUGGCCGUGACGGGCCCCGGGGCCACGCAGUACCUCCAGAGCCUGGCGCGGGUGGCGGCCAGCGCCAGCACGGAGGACCCGGAGCUGUGGGGGGCCGGGUCGCGAGGACCCCGCAUCCUGGGCUGUCUGCUGCAGUGCCCGCAGUACGAAGUCCGGCAUCUGGCCCUGGAGGCGGUCCUGAGGAGGCUGGAGAGGGCCGCGGACACGCCCGGCGACCCGGGCCCCGCCCACUACUCCUUCACCAGCAUGGCUCUGCAUGAGAGACACCCCCAGUGUCUGACCAAGGUACUGCAGGUGCUGUCUGGCCUCCCUUGGUCCUCUGUGCUGCCCUGGAGGGACGGGACGAGGGCACUGACCAAUGAGGAGGCUCUGACCUGGCUAAUGACAUUGGCCGAGGACUCGGUUCACAGCGUGGAGCUCCACUGCGCCGCCCUCGCCCUGCUGUCCCGGCUGAUGGUCCGCCUGAUGGACACCGCCCCCCAGGGCAGGGGUGUGGCUGCAGUGUCUGUCCUGAGUCGCUGGGGGGCGCUGGUGAGCCGGUGCUGCAGUGAGGAGCAGCCAGAGGAGGUGAAGCUGACGGCCGCAGAGGUCCUGGUGAAGGCCAUGCCCAGCCUGCUGGCCAGCCCCGCCCUACCCCUGGGUGUGAGGGACACAGUGGCUCUGUGGCGUAGCCUCUUCAUCCUGCUGCAGGAUGAGGACCUCGAUGUGAGAGACAGAGCGUCUGACUUUACCGCCACCGUCCAGACACAGCUGCUCCACAACAAAUACGCAGAUGUGGCCCCUGCCGCCCUGUGUCCUCCUGUGGCCCUGGACCUGGGGGUGGGGCUCCUGUGCCAGCUCUUGCAGGUGUGGGAGCAGGUGCCCGCGGGCGUUCUGGUGCUGACCGAGUGGCUGCUGGGCGAGGGCGAGCCGGAGGCGGGCGGCGAGGACACAUCGCGCCUGGAUGAAUAUGAAGAGGAGUUCCUGUUUGAAAAGGGGGAGCUGAACCUGUGGGCGGAGCCUCUGCGGUGGGCGCGGUUGCUGCACCGACACCUCUUGGCCCUCCUGCGUGUGCCGGGCGUGGCGUCGGGCGUGGCCGGGACGAGCCGUGCAGAGCUGGACAGGCUCAGGACUCUGGCGGGAGACCACGCCCACACCGCCCGGCAGAGGCUCCACGCCCUGCCUCCUCUGCCCCAGUUCUCCAGCACCAUCGACCACGCCCGCCUGGACGUGCAGAGGGAGAGAGCGGAGCUCGCCCUGGAGGUUCUGAAGUCCCUGAUACCGGCGGCCCAGUCCCAUUAGGGUACCCACAACCCCCCCCCCCCCCCCCACACACACAUCGGGCCUGUCCUCCAGGCUUACUACAGCCCCGAACCCCCAGAGAGAGAGACUGGCAGACGCACAGAGUGAGCGCCUGACUGACUGACUGGCUGAGUGAGUGACCGCCCGCCAGGCGCUGACACUGGGAUGGUGGUGGGGAAUGUGUCUGUGAAGGACUGUGCCAGCUCACAGGGUGAUGUUCACUAUGAAACUGAUGAAACAGCCCAGGUCCUUUCUGUUCAAGUUCUGGAGCCACUAAUUCCAGGGGGAUGCCUACUCCUCCUGUCAGGGCUUUGAGUCAGUCAGGGGGUGUGCUAGCAUGCACACACACACACACACACGCACGCGCACACGUGCACACUCACUCACUGGUAAGUUAUGAGAUGCCUGCAGUGCAUUUUAACCGUCAAAUAUUGCUUUCUUAUGUUUCACUCCCAGUUGACCUGGGGGGAUGAAUAUAAUUCUGUUGUACUGUAUAUGGUGAUCUUAAAUAGUGCCUUGCAUUAGAUUAUUUUAGUUGAACAGCAUUCAUUUUAAAAGGACAUUGAGUUUGAGUGGUGCAGAGUGAAACGUUAUGUUGAAAAUACAUGCACACAAAGGUCCCACUGGUUUUCCCCCGCAUAAUAAAAAAUAAGCUGAUUAUAUCAAUAUUUUACAUGACUGGCGUAGUCUUGAACUUAGGGGGGGGGGGUGUGCUUGCACAUGUGUGUGUGUUUGUGUGUGUGUGUGUGCCCGCGUACGUGUGUUUGUGUGCCUGCAUGCAUAUGUGUAUCUCGGGGAGGUCACAGUAAUAUCUCUGUGUGUAUGAGGCAUGGGGUUUUUUUGGGGGGGUGUGGAGGGGGGUGGUGGGGGAUGUGGUUUCUCGUGAAUCUGGUUUUACGCUUCUCUACUUCAGCCUCCUGCAGUCUCAGCUGAGUGCCCCUAACGCUAAGCCACCAUGCACAUGGUGAGCUGAAGGACACACAUCCUCAGUUUCAAACAAAAAAAGAGACUCUUCUGGAACAGCUUCUUUCUACCCCCCACGGCCCGCCUCGUAUUAUGAUCUAGUCACAGAGCUUCCAAACAGCAUUAUUAGUUGCUGCUUUAUGAUACACUGACGGUACACAAAGCUAGAGGAGAACUUUCAGCACGUGUUAAAGACCAAAAUUUGGACCAAAGGUUUUGUCAUAUUAUUUCAUAUUAAUAUCACAUUAUGUAUGCGUUUACGUGUUCAGAAAAAUAAAUAGCUAUUUUUUGGG